AUGGUAUAGGGAAAGAAUAGAACGUUGCAACGUUUACUGCGGCGUUUUCAAUAACCUCAACAGUCGAGAACGAACGAUUGUUUCGAAUAGAAAUGCCACCAACAAAAAAGACUGAUUUAGAUAAAUUGGCAUGGGUUUGGAUAGAAAGCGUGGAGUUAGAACAAAUUGAAAGGAUACACUUGGAGACUGCUUAUAGAAUAGGUUUAAAAGCAUGUAAAAAUUGCAAACGCAAUUGUACAAAUAAUCCUCAAUGUUUAACUGGACUGGGGGAAGAGAAAUAUAUAAAAUCACAACCAGCAGAAGUAAUGUCCUUAGAAAGUUCUCUGUCUGAAUUACGAGACCCUACACAAUAUGUUGGCUUAAAGAAUCUAGGUGCUACUUGUUAUGUUAACAGUUUAAUUCAAAUGUGGUUUCACAAUGAAGAUAUGAGAAGGAUAAUAUACAAAUGGAGCAUCACAGAUGAUCUAGAAGAAACGGAAGCUUUGGCUCAAGCUAAGAAGGCGGGAGUACCAUUCCACCCUGUGACGGCAGUUGGACAGUUGCAAUACAUAUUUGCAAUGAUGCAAUUCGGAAAUCGACGUCUACUCGAUCCAAUGAAUCUAGCUAUUGCGUUGUCAUUGGAUACUAGAACUCAACAGGAUGCACAGGAAUUCUCCAAGCUACUUCUCUGCCAUAUCGAAGGGAAAUUGCAGCAAACCGCAGAACUGAAGCAGAUGCUGCAGAGGCUGACUCAAGGAAAAUACAGCUAUAUCAAUUGCUGCUCGAAAUGCGGUACCGAAUACCCAACCUCUACUACAUUCUACGAAUUGGAUCUGCAGCUUGCAGCCACCUUGAAAGAGGCGAUAGAGAAAUACUUGUCUGUGGAACAACUGACCGGACCGAAUCAGUAUCAUUGCGUUACGUGCAACGAUAAGAAGGAUGCGCGUCGAUUCAUACGUUUGGAAUCUCUUCCGGAAACAUUGAACAUACAGUUGAUGCGUUUUGUGUUCCAUAGAGAUUCUGGACAGAAAAGAAAGCUGAACUCUUUUAUACAAUUUCCGGAAGAUCUCGAUAUGUCUGAAUACGUGAGGUGUCCACCGCAAACACAUUUGUACAGCCUAGUCGCGGUUUUGAGUCAUAAAGGCCCGUCUGCGCAUUCGGGUCACUACAUUGCUAAUAUAUGUAAUUCAAACGGAGAAUGGUAUCAGUUUAGCGACGAUAAAGUUGAGAAAAUGCAGAAUAAGAGAAUCGAGGAUGGUGUUAAUGACACUGCAAAAGUUAUAAAACGGGGACGUAUACCGAAGGGUUUUCUUUCUUCCAAUACCGCGUACAUGUUGGUUUAUAAAAGAGUCACUUCCGAAUGGAGAGCAAAUAACGUUAAAAGAAAUAGGAAGAAAUUAGAAGCGGAGACUAACAGUAAUAACGACACGAUAAGCGAAGGGAAAGGAAAAGAUGAACCAAGUUCUAGUUCCGAAUCGAGUGGCUCCGAACAAGUACUGAAAUUCGACGUGGAAAACAAAUUAGAAGAAAAAACUUCAGAACCAUCCACCGAAAAGGAUCAGAUAAUUUUAGCGACAGUGGACUGUACUUUCGACGAACCAAAUGGCAAACAUUACGAGUCUGAUAACAAAGAAAACCAACAUGAAAUACAACCGAAGAAAUCGUUCACAAAAGGUGGAAGGAUAGACUAUAAACGAUUAAACGGUGCUGCUCAUAGAGCCAUGAGUUGCGGUGAACGUGAUUUCUACGAAGAGAUGGAGUUUGAUAAUUGGGAAGUGAGUGUUACGUUGCGUGAUUUGGUGAGGCAAGAGAACGUGAAAUACGAGUUAAGUCUUCUAGCUAUUCAACAAGAAAAACAAAAAGAAGUUGAAGAUCAGAACAUAAAGAGGCAACUGGUCAUAGAUGUAUAUGAUAUUAUCGCAAACGCGGUCACCUGGGACAAGUGUCAAUGGAUCCCAAACGAUUGGUUGUCGAAGUGGCUGAAUGGACACUCGUCCAUCGAUGGAGUACCACCGAUCGACAAUUCAACCUUGAUGUGUUCGCAUUUUCGAUUGGAUCCUUUGAAGGUGAACCGUGCUAAAUGCAUGCCAGUAACAGCCGCGAAUUUGCUUUACGACAAAUAUCGCGGAGGGCCACGAUUGGAUGAAACUUCUUUUUGCGAAGUAUGCGUAAGACGUCGAUACAAGUUGCUGCGUUUUAAAAUGUCCCUUGAACGCGACUAUAAAGAAGUCAGUGAACUUGUACGGAACUUUAAGGAGCCGAUGGAGAAUAGCUACAUAGUAGGCGCUGAUUCGUUAAAGAAUUGGCGAAGACUGGCAAUGGAGAAAUUCAUGGACAGUAUGGAACAAGAAAUAGAAUACGAAGAGUGUCAGGAUCGGAAUGGUCCUCCGCAAGUCAGUAAAAGUACAAGCAAGGAAAACGACAGAUUGAAGGAAACAGGGGAGGGUGAAGAGAACGAGGUUAUUAUUUAUUUUAACGAAGAUUUACUUUGCGAACAUAAUUCCCUGAAGACGCCGGACUCGUCGAGAAAGAUAGUACCCCGUGAAGCUUGGACGAUUCUUAGGAAAUACUUUCCAGAGUCCAAGGAAUACUCAGUUGGUUCUUUGUCGUGUUCGAUAUGCGAGGAAAAAAUGGAGAACGCGCAGAAGGCAAAGAAGGAUGACAAGAUAAAAGCGAAGCAGCAGAAGGACGAGCUGAACGAGUUGUAUCAUGGUAGAAACAGGAGUGAGAUAUUGAAAUGCAAAGACCCUGAAAAAGUAUUUUACAUCGUGGAAAAAAGUUUCUUGGACAGCUGGCGUUCCUUCGUUCGGUAUGCCGAAGUAUUUUCGAAAACACCACCGGUUGGUAUCCGGAAUGCUGUUCUCCUCUGCGAACCGCACAAAGGAUUCUUAUAUUCACCUACCAUCACCAGUGAUUUGUACACCAUAGUGACGGCUGAGGAGUGGUCGAGAUUAACUCAAUUUUACGACGUCGAUCAUACAAUCAGUAUCAGGAGGAUCAAUUCCGAUUUUCAAAUAGAUCCAAAUCUCUGCGCAGCCUGUAUGCUCGCCAGGGUGGAGCAAGAGCGUCUGGAGAGUUUGAAGUACGACAGAGCGACGAUUUACAUAAAGUGCGUGGAGGAUACGGAGGAAUCGAAGACCGAGUACGAACCCGAGAUGGCUGCGAAGAGACCGAAAAUCGAAAACGCGAGGCCGUCGAGGACCAGGAGGAACCUGAAGGGAUCACACGAACUUAAAGUAUCGUCGGAUAUCACUCUAAAGGACCUGAAGCUUAUGAUGAUGCAGAUCUGCGGUGCUGGACCGUACGACCAACACCUGAUGCUGGGCGAACACGAACUUACCGAUCACAGUCAGAGUCUCGCCGCCCUUGGUAUAUUUCCUGGUGCUCUUCUUACGUUAAAGAUCGACACGCCGAUAGAAAACGAGGCGGACGUGACGGCGGAUACGAGCAACCCCGAGUCCAGUUGCCCGGAAAAGGGUUUCAAGGGAACGGAAUUGGUGCCAAGCUGAUCUGUCUCGGCAACGAUCAGGGGAUAGAUAAAUUGCAUUAUGGCGAGACGUUUAAUAACAAUAGUCGAUUUAACAUAAAAUAUUUUUGUACACGAGUUAUCAUAUAUUAUAUGAUAUACAUAUAGAUAUAGCCUGUACGAUAAUGUAUACAGAUAUACAAUUAACGGAAUGCUAAUCGACACCGGGGUGAAAGAUUCGGGAGAAAAUAUCGAGGAAUCAUUGUUUUCGUAUUGUUAUUAUUAUUAAUAUUAAGUACUACUAUUAUUAAUAUUUUACGCACAGGUUAGAGUAAAAGAGAAGAAGAACAAAAGAAAAAAAGAAAAAAUGUAGCUGCGAACGUGAAAGCAGCGGACAAAUAAAUCCAAAGACGAUUCGAUAUCGCUUUUUGCAAUUAUCGAUCGAUCGAUUAGUGUUCCAUAUUCUCUUCUCCAAUGAGAAACAAAUAAUAUUGUAACGGUGAAAGUGAUUGAUGAGAUGGUUGCGAAAAUGAUCGAGGAAUGCGGUCUUUUGAUUUCUUAUUUAGAGCGAUAGAGUUGUGUGUCGUCGAUAGAUUCGUUAGAAACGUAAAUCUUUCUACUCGUGAGUCUUAGGGAAACUUUUGGAAAUCAAAAAUCAAAAGAUGCCUUAUCGCAGUAGUAAUUAAACGACGAGUCGCACCUUUGGUAUUAAUAAUAAUUGUAAUUAUUAGAAGUCCUUCUCUUUAUACCUUAUAAAAGGAUAACAAAGAGAUGUUGUAAUUUGAUUUGUAAAAAAAUACUCGCGAUUUUCAAGUUCGACAAAGAUCUCGGCACAUUUUGUUAACCCUUCCUAAACAGCUGGCACUGGUACAAUUUUUUAAAGAAUUUAUGAAACGUGCUUAGAUUGCAAAUAAUUAUGAUGUACAUAUUAAAAAGAAAAUAUAGAACUUGGAUCAUUUCCACGAA